UGAUUAGGUCUUAAGUAAAUUUAAUUACAAUAUUUGGUUGUUGCAGGGCUCAUAUCGAACAUAUUUUAGUAGCUGUUUCAGACCAUUAACUAGAGAAACUCUUUGCAUUAUAUAUAAUCCACAUUCUGAUUAAUCUAAACAUGCAUUUGAUAAGCCAGGCCUUUUGAAAUGGCUAAGUUCAUUGCAACAACUGUAAUCUCUGCAGUUCUGCUUCUAAUUUUCUUCAAUGCUGAAGUGAGUGGUCGAUUUUUGAAUUUUAAGGCCGCGGAUCAGGUGGUCUCAGAUGGUCAGGUUACUAGGAAUGCUGCUGAGGAAGCAAUCGAAUCCUCUGUUCUGCGGCUAAAGGGAAUGGAUCAUUCAGCUGAGGCGCAAUGUGAGCAUAUGUAUGGUUUUCUGCCAUGCGCAGAGAGUCUAUUAGGCCAUCUUUUUCUCAUUGCGGUCUAUGAGUUUAUAUUGUUUCAUGGCGAAAGUUAUCUUCUGUCUGGAGGUUCCCGGAUUUUUGAGAUUCUUGGGACUGGAUUUUUUGGUGCAAGUGGUUUUCCAGUCAUUGCUCAGCUUCCUGAGUCCUUGAUACUUCUUGUAACUGGGCUGUUUAGUAGCGAUGAAGGAGCUCAAGAGAACGUCUUGACUGGAGUAGGUAUGGUAGCAGGAUCGACAAUUUUGAACCUCACAUUAUUAUGGGCAGCUUGUCUAUUAUUCGGCCGCCAAGUUUUUGUACAAGAAGCUGAUGCCAACUCUGGCAAUGAGAGUUCUGCGGAAACUGAGAAAAAAAGAACUCCAACUAUAUGGACUGGUUAUGGCGUAGGGUCAGACGAAGAGACUAGUUUCACUGCAAAAGUUAUGCUUGCAUCACUAUUACCAUUGAUAAUAUUAGUACUACCAAAGAUUUUUGAUGUACCAUAUAAUUCGAGGGAAUAUAAUAUCGAUAUCCUAGUUACACUCUUUGCUCUGGUUGUGACCUUAGUUGCAUACUUCAUCUAUCAGUUUUCUCACCGUUCAAUACAAGAUAGAAGGUUAGAUUAUUUGAAAGCUGUACAUCAGACGCAUGUCCUAGCCGUGAUACAACAUGUUCAAGAGCUUAUACCCGAACUCGUGGAUAAGCAUGGCAGGCCUGAUGAAGCUGCAAUUGCAAAGUUGUUCAAAAAUUUGGAUACUGAUGGUGACGGAGAGUUGUCUGUCACUGAGAUCAUGGAACUCUUCCACAGAAUCAGACUGACUAGUAAAACAAAAGUUUUGGGCAGGGCUAAGAUUAUUGAGAGUUUUAUAAAGGAGUUCGAUCACGAUGGAGAUAAAAAAAUCAGCUUCCAAGAGUUCAUGGAUACAUUUAAAGAUUGGCUUAACACGGUCUGUGCAGUGGCUGAAUCCAAAAGGCAUUCUCCGGUCCCUGGACCUCAACUCAAGCAUUUUAUUGAGGUUGUUACUCCUCUAGUGGAGCAAGAAAAACGGAACAAUGUGAAAAAGGAACUCCUUGAAGAGGUUCAAAAUAUGAAAGAUGGAGGAUCCGAUGAGAAUAACGACUGGAUCAAGUUACUUGCGGCCAACAACAACCAAAACAAAGUUAACAGCUCUGCAGGGGCUUGGUUGAAAGCUAUAUGGCUACUAUUUAUUGGAAUACUCAUGUUAGCAGUUUUAGCAGAGCCUCUUAUACACACUGUUCAGAACUUUGCAUCUGCUGCAAAUAUACCGUCAUUUUAUGUUGCUUUUGUUUUAGUUCCUGUGGCUACCAGUGCUCGAACAGCCAUUUCAGCACUCGGAGCUGUCAGGGAAAAGAUACCAAAAAAUACCCUCUUGACAUUUUCUGAGAUUUAUGAUGCUGUGUUCAUGAACAAUGUUCUGGGAUUUUCUGUUCUUCUGUCUGUAGUUUACUUCCGUGGUCUGAUCUGGCAUUUUUCUGCUGAAGUGAUGAUUGUUGUUAUCGUCUGCUCUACAAUGGGCCUUAUUGCAUCAUUCAAAUCCAGAUUCCCAGUUUGGAUGAUGUUCGUCGCCAUCUUGCUAUAUCCAUUAUCUUUGAUCUUCGUGUACUUGGUAGAUGAUUACUUUUGGUUGCCCUGACUAUUCUUUUACCGGAAGCAAGUGUCUCUGUGUUUGAGCUCCUGCUGCAUUUUUAUUCAAUCAUGCUAGGAUUAUUUCUUGUUAUGCCUUCAAAAUAAACAUUGUAACGUGGUUUUUUUAUAUAUAGCAGUCACUUUAUUUUCUGCA